AUGCAGAGCCAGCCGAGGGAGCAUCUCUACAAGCUGCUGGUGAUCGGCGACCUGGGCGUGGGCAAGACCAGCAUCAUCAAGCGCUAUGUGCACCAGAACUUCUCCUCCCACUACCGGGCCACCAUCGGAGUGGACUUCGCCUUGAAAGUUCUCCAGUGGGACCCGGAGACCGUGGUGCGCCUGCAGCUCUGGGACAUCGCGGGCCAAGAAAGAUUUGGAAACAUGACAAGGGUCUAUUACCGAGAAGCCAUGGGAGCAUUUAUAGUCUUUGAUGUCACCAGGCCGGCCACUUUUGAGGCAGUGACAAAGUGGAAAAGUGACUUGGAUGCCAAAUUAACUCUCCCCAAUGGCAAACCGGUGUCUGCAGUUCUGUUGGCCAACAAGUGCGACCAAGGGAAGGAUGUGCUCCUCAACAAUGGGCUCAAGAUGGACCAAUUUUGUAAGGAAAAUGGCUUUGUAGGAUGGUUUGAAACAUCAGCAAAGGAAAAUAUAAACAUCGACGAAGCCUCCAGAUGCCUGGUGAAGCACAUACUGGCCAACGAGAGUGACCUGACGCAGUCCGUGGAAGCGGAUGUGGUGAAGCCAAAUCUUUCUCCCUCCAGAGUCUCCAGCUGCUCCGGCUGUUCCAGGUCCUAG